AUGCGCAAAGGCAUUAAAUUCUCUCGCGCAAGCUCCUUGAUAGACUCGCGCUGCACCGGAUUAAUUGACGGUCACGAUGGCGGAUCCGCACUUGCGCAGUGCUUGAACGCGCCGUGUAGCAACUUGUAA